AUGGCGGACGAUGGGAUGCUCUUGAACUUUGCCAUCGGCGACAACGUGAUCAAGCCCGAGGCAAAGUUCAAAGGAGGGACAUGGCGGGACCGACUUUCAGCGAAGAAGCGCUCGCAACAUCGUGUGAAUCCCCGAGAUGGCAGCAGCAAGCCUCAUGAACCCAAGAAUCCAAACCAAGUCGCUGUGGGCCCAAGGCCUGUGAAGCGACAAAAGACCGACUCAGAUGACCUCAAUGUCGGUCACGAUCAUGGGCGUCAACAGCGAUCACACCAGCAACAGACUCCACGAGACCCACGCCACUUUGUGUCAUCUCUAUUUACGAGCAACCCGGCGCCGCAGAACUCUGCAGAGCCUCGAAACGAAGAAACCACCGAGGAGACAAAACCGACGAAUGCGCCGCUGAUCGAUGGUAUCGACACUUUCACAAACCUCGGCCUGUCACCGAGUCUGGCCGCGCAUCUUCUUACCAAAUUGGAAUUGAAGGCACCCACGGCUAUUCAGAAAGCUUCGAUCUCACAAUUGCUGAAGGAGGAAAGUGAUGCGUUCAUUCAGGCCGAGACUGGUUCAGGAAAGACCCUGGCAUAUCUUCUUCCAUUGGUACAACGGAUCAUGGCUCUAUCGAAAGCCACCAAGGAAGCUGGUGUCCAUCGUGACAGCGGUCUUUUUGCCAUUGUGUUGGCUCCCACCCGUGAGCUGUGUAAGCAGAUUUCGGUGGUAUUGGAAAAUCUUCUACGUUGCGCGACCUGGCUUGUCGCGGGUACUGUCAUUGGUGGAGAGAAGAAAAAAUCGGAAAAGGCCCGUCUCAGAAAGGGGUUAAAUAUCCUUGUCGCUACACCCGGACGUUUGGUGGAUCAUCUGGAUAAUACGCAAGCAUUGGAUGUCAGCAAUGUGCGGUGGCUCGUUCUCGAUGAAGGUGAUCGCUUGAUGGACCUGGGCUUCGAGGAAGAAUUGCAGGGUAUCGUACAGAAGCUUGACGCGAGACAACGACCGAGUCGCAUUCCCGGUGUCCCUACGAGGAGAACCACAAUUCUCUGCUCGGCGACCUUAAAGAUGAACGUACAGCGACUUGGUGAGAUCAGUCUCAAGGAUGCCGUCCACAUCAAGGCCGACCCCACAGAUGAGGAUGAACAAAGCCGGGAUGCGAACAAGGACGAAGAAGAUUCAUUCCGUGUGCCUGCUCAGCUCAAGCAGACAUAUGCCAUUGUCGCAGCGAAAUUGCGCUUGGUGUCAUUGAAUGCUUAUCUCAAGCGCACAUUUAUCCGCAAGGGCUCGGUCAUGAAAGCCAUCGUUUUCGUCUCAUGUGCCGACGAAGUCGAUUUCUUGUUUGAAGUCUUCUCCAGGAAGCAUGGCGAAAGAGGGACCAUAAAGAACGACAAUACGAGCGAGGACACCGAGGAAGACGACGAAGAUGAGGAAGUGAAGAAGGAGAAGGAGAAGGAACGAGCUGAACUUUCACCCCAUGGCACUAUUGCUCCUGGAUCAGCAUUCUCGAAUUCAGCAAACCCGGUGAUCCUGCACCGACUUCACGGAUCCUUACCCCAGCACGUUCGGACAUUCACACUCAACUCUUUCUCCAAGAGCAAAUCUCCCUCGGUCAUGAUCUGUACCGACGUGGCUUCCCGCGGUUUGGACUUGCCCAACGUCGACUUGGUUAUUGAGUACGAUCCCGCGUUCAGUGCGGACGACCACACCCAUCGUAUUGGUCGUACCGCGCGUCUCGGUCGAGACGGACGAGCUCUGAUUUUCCUACAACCGGGAUGUGAAGAGAACUACGUAGAGAUUCUGAAACGUGGAUAUCGCGACGGAGGCAAAUCUCUUGCUCGGACAGAUGCGACUGAAAUGCUGAAGCGUGGAUUUGGUGGCAACACCGACUCCGCUUCCAAGAACUGGGAAGAAAAGGCAACGGACUGGCAGAUGGACGUGGAACGAUGGGCUCUGGAGAACCCAGAGUACCUUGAGAUGGCACGACGUGCAUUCCAAUCUCACGUUCGCGCUUACGCAACUCACAUUGCCGCAGAGCGGAGCAUGUUCAACAUCAAAGAGCUGCAUCUGGGCCAUCUCGCGAAGAGCUUUGGCCUCCGGGACCGACCUGGCAAGAUCAAUGUGCCCGGUCUGCGAACAAGCAAGGAAGAGACAAAGAAGGACUUCAAGGCUGGUCGCGGAGCUGCUCUCGGUAAGCGAAAGGCUGACGGUGAUUCCGCAGCGGCAUCAAACGUGGAUGAGGCUGCUCGUGAGAAUGCUCGCAAGAUGAGAGCCAAGAUGAAGGAGCACAUGGGGGGUGCCAGCGAAUUUAACCUGGCUUGA